AUUAUCUCCUCCACGGCUGCUAAUGCUAAUAUAAUUCUGCAGAUUGAUAAUGCCAGAUUGGCUGCUGACGACUUCCGACUAAAGUACGAAAAUGAACUCACCCUUCACCAAAAUGUAGAGGCAGACAUCAACGGAUUGCGCCGUGUCCUCGACGAGCUGACCCUCUGCAGGACGGACCAAGAGCUGCAGUAUGAAUCCCUGAGUGAGGAGAUGACCUAUCUCAAGAAGAACCACGAAGAGGAAAUGAAGGUUCUGCAGUGCGCAGCAGGAGGCAACGUGAACGUGGAGAUGAACGCUGCACCAGGCGUGGAUCUCACCGUCCUGCUGAACAACAUGCGAGCCGAGUACGAGGCCCUGGCUGAGCAGAACCGCAGGGACGCCGAGGCAGGGUUCCAAGAAAAGAGUGCCACGCUGCAACAGCAGAUCUCCAAUGACAUGGACGCAGUCACCUCAGCCAGGUCGGAGCUGACAGAGCUGAAGCGCUCCCUGCAGACUCUGGAAAUCGAGCUGCAGUCACUCUCGGCAACG